AUGAUCUUAUCUCAAGUAAAAAAAAAUAAAAAUGAAAAUGAAAAAUGGAUAACUAUUCCUAAAAUUUGUGUUAUUUGUGGAAGAAAUACAAGUUGUUAUCAUUAUGAUGUCAUUUCUUGUAAUGGAUGUAAAACUUUUUUUAGACGAAGUAUUUUAGCCAAUAAAGAUUAUGUUUGUAAAUUUAAUACCAAUUGCAUUAAUGAAAAUCGCUUAAAUUGUAAAAAAUGUCGAUUUGAAAAAUGUUUAAGUUGUGGAAUGAAUCCUAUGGCAAUACAAUUCCCAAAUAAUAUGACAGAAGGACAAAUUUUUGAUCUUUUAAAAAAGUAUAACGAAGAUAAAAAAUCUCACAUUAAUAAUGAUAUUGUUAAGGAUGAUUACUCCGCCUGUUCAUAUUUAAAUUUUGAUAAUUAUAAAAUCUCAGAAGUUCAAACUAUUAUUUCAAAAUGUCUUCAAAAUUUGACAUAUAUUGAGUAUAAAUUUAAAUUAUUGCGUGAAAGUGAAUAUAAUGGUUUUGAACUAUUUAAAUAUGAUCUUGAUAAUUACCUUAAACAAUAUAGUAAACUUAGUGAUGCUGAGAAAUACCUCAUUCCAACAGACUGGCCAAAACCUAUGAUGGAACCAAUUGAAAAACAUAUUCUUGAACUUUCAAAAGAUGAUGUGCAUUUUAGAAAAAAACGAAUGAUAAAUCACAAACCAUGGUUUAUAUUAGAUGAAUAUUUAAUUGUUGAUUAUAUUAAAACACUAGAUUUUUUUUCAAAAAUACCACAUUAUGAUCAAAAAGCUAUUGUAAAAAUGAUUGGACCAGCUUUAUGUUUGGCUGGAUUUGCAUACUAUUCUUUUGUAAAAAACAAAAAAAGUGUUUAUUUUCCAGAUGGAUUAGAACCAUUAAAAAUUCAUAAAAAAAGUUAUCCUUUAGAGGAAGAAGUAUUUAGAAAGUCGGUUGAACCAUUUUUUAGAGUUAAACUUAAAAAUGAAGAAUUUUGCCUACUUAAAACUAUAGUUAUUUGUUCCUGUCUAAUAAAUGGUAUUUCAGAAUAUACUAAAAAUUUACUAGAAUAUAACAAAACUUUUUAUUCUAAUGUGCUUAUAAAUUAUCUUCAAAAUGAAUUAGGAACAAUAGAAGGAGUAAAACGGUACAUGGAAAUUGUGAUGUUUGUCGAAACAAUUGUUCGUUAUGGAGAAAAACUUAAAGAACUUAGUUUGUUAAUUGAUAUGGCUCACACCAGAAUUGAGAAUGUUAGAAGAAAAAAACCAAAAAAACUUUUUAUUAGUAAUUAA